AUGGCUUCCACAAGAUUGACCGCUCUUGAUCUAUUAAUGCCCCCAGCCUACACUCGCCUACUGCUAACAUUUGGAAGGAAAGGCGAGGAUGAAGUGUCCUCAAUUGAUACCAUACUCAGGGAAGGGCUCUCUCGCCUAGUGGAGACAGUACCUGUGCUCAAAGGUGAAGUAUUCACCACAGGCCAACGUGCUGGCGAAGUCGCUGUGCAGCCGCGCACUGAUAUCAAGAACCCGCCUCUGUUCCAGGUUAGAGACUACACCUUGAAAGAUGGGAAGCCCAUGAAAUCCUAUUUGGAGCUGUAUGCACGCGAUAUGCCAAUGACUGAGCUUGAUGGGGAAGAUCUGGCACCAUUGCCAACCUUCCUCAGCAACCCUGCGCCUGUUUUUGCCGCCCAAGCCAACUUCAUAGCUGGCGGCCUGAUACUUUGUGCAUGUUUCCAUCAUUCUGUCUUUGAUGGUCCUGGUGCUGGUGUGAUCUUGAAAGUAUGGAGUGAAUGCUGUAACUUUCUGCAAAACCCAGCCGAUGGGCCGAAGCUUUUAUCUCCCGUAGCGACAGACCGCAAUGUCCUAUUAGAGAGCGGCAAGCCAAGCACGAGUCUUGACAUAUUGGCAGGAUAUGAGAUUACUACUCCUUCAAAGGAUAGCACGACGGAAGAGCAGAGUGCACCCACUGUGGCGGUAACCGAGAUGACAACAGCAACCUUUACGAUACAAAACGAGACAUUGCAAAGAUUGAAGGUCGACGUGAAUACCUACCUAUCGCAGCGAGGCAAGAAUGAAUGGGUAUCAACCAACGACAUACUUUGCGCCGGGCUAUGGCGCGCUAUCACAAAAGCACGACUCGAGUCCCCAGACGCACACUUCGGUACCACUUCUCGCGUAGGAAUGGCUGUCAAUGGCCGGUCAAGGAUGCAACCACCUCUAUCGGACGAGUACGUGGGUAAUGUGAACAUCUACACUGCUACUGAAAUAGACAUGCCCCCACUCUUUUCAGAUGCCACCGAGUCGCUGGCCGAAAUCGCAGUCGCAAUACGUCGCUCCGUUCUCUCUGUGAACGAUGAAUACAUCCGUCAUCUAAUCCACAAAGUCAACCAGCUGCCUGACCUUAGUCUCAUCACCCCUUCCUUCAAAGUGUGGGGCAAUGAUCUGGCAAUCACUACUUGGAGGGAGAUGGGUAUCUGUGACCUGGAUUGGGGUAGUGGUAUUUGUGGUGGGAAAGUGGACUUCGUGAGGAUUCCAUCGGCGCGCUUUCAUGGCUUAUGCGUUGUGCUGCCUCGGACGUCUCACAAGCCCGACGCCGUAGAAGUCUUGAUGGGCUUGAAGACCGAAAGUAUGGAGCGACUUAAAGGUGAUGCGUCGUUCAAGAACUUUGCCUCUUUCCAAAGCGAACGGGGCAGUCUCAAGGCUGGCGAAGGAAGCACAUUUCAUCCCGCCCUCUCAAUCCUCUUGCCCCUCUGGGCCUGGCCCGACGCCUCCUGGCAAAACGUCUACACCGCAAUCAGCUCCUCGCCUUCAACAACCUGGCACAUCGUGAUCAACCCCAACUCGGGCCCUGGCACCACCGGCAGCGCGCCAUCCGCGCAAGUCUACACCGACGGCGUCGCAAAACUCAACACCUACGCCAACGCCCUCACUUACGGGUACGUCAAGACAGGCAAAGCCGGCCGCGCGCAAGCGGACGUCCACGCCGAAGUCGACACCUACGCAUCAUGGGCGACGCACGUGCCCGAGAACAUCAGCAUAGCGGGCAUCUUCUUCGACGAGGUGAGUAGUAUGUGGGACGCGCAGGCCGAUGCUUCAAAAAUCCAGUACUAUACCGAUGUCGCGAAUUAUGCGAGACAGAAGCCCGGGUUGGCGGGGCAUGUGGCUUUCAACCCUGGCACCUUGGGGCCCGAGCAGUUAUUCGAUGUCGCGGACUUCAUGGUGGAGUUUGAGAAUGCGGUCGGUGAGUGGCAUGGCGCGGAUACUAUUGCGACGUUCCCGCAGGCGCGGUUGGGGAAGUCCGCCGUGUGGGUUUAUAAUUCUGCGCCCGAGACGGAUGUGGCGGGCGCGGUGGCGGUCAUGCAGGGGAAGGGCCUCGGCGCUCCGACCGGGUGUUAUAAGACAUUCGAUGCGGGCAAUUUGAAGACGUUGACGGAUGCUGUUGGUGGGGGGCAGGGGCAGGGGCAGGGGGGUGCGGCGGCGUCGCCGGGGACGGCAGGGACGGCGGGGAAUGUGACGCAGUGCGCGGCGGUCAUGGAGUAA